ACAUUUCGACUACAUUUUACUCCAAAGAAUUAUAAAAAAGAUGUUUAAGAUACAUUAUUUUUGUAUUGUACUAUUUCUUGCCGCUUACUAAAAUGGUUGUAAUCAAGCCAACCUUGAAUUGACAUCACCACGAAAAAUCGAUUUGUGGAUACAAUUUUGGCUGAAUUUCUGUUUUAAACUCUAUAUUUGUACAACAAACCCAUGCAAGGCCUUUUGUCUGCUUUCUUCCUACUUGAAUCAGCUAUGUAGAAUACAUGCUGGAAAAUCAUUAAUCAUCCAUUGGUCAUCAGAGGAAAACUGCUAGCCUGCAACCAUGGGAUCGUUAUUCCGAAGUGAGGAUAUGACACUAUGCCAGCUGUUCCUGCAAUCAGAGGCAGCCUAUGCAUGUGUUUCAGAGCUUGGGGAGUUGGGACUCGUGCAGUUUAGAGAUUUGAAUCCAGAUGUGAAUGCAUUUCAAAGGAAGUUUGUGAAUGAAGUGAGAAGGUGUGAUGAAAUGGAGCGUAAACUACGAUUCCUGGAGAAAGAGAUCAAGAAGGAUGGUAUUCCGAUGUUGGACACCGGUGACAACCCUGAUGCCCCACAGCCUAGAGAGAUGAUUGAUCUUGAGGCAACAUUUGAGAAGCUAGAAUCAGAAAUGAAUGAUGUGAAUGCCAACUCUGAAGCCCUUAAAAAGAAUUUCCUGGAGCUUACGGAGCUCAAACACAUCUUGAGGAAAACACAGACAUUCUUUGAUGAGGCGGAACAUCAUCACAUUCAGGCAAUACACGAGCCCCUGGGGACAGAUGACGCACUCGGGCUGCUGGGGGAGGAGAUCGGGAGAGGGGCCACACAGGCACAUAAACUUGGAUUUGUGGCAGGAGUGAUUUUACGCGAGCGUAUUCCUGCAUUCGAGCGUAUGCUAUGGCGUGUGUGCCGGGGAAACGUGUUUCUGAAACAGGCUGAAAUCGAUACCCCACUUGAGGACCCUGUUACUGGUGAUAAGGUGGACAAGACAGUAUUCAUCAUAUUUUUCCAAGGAGAACAGCUGAAAUCUCGAGUGAAAAAAAUCUGCGAGGGGUUCCGAGCCACGCUGUAUCCCUGCCCAGAGACGCAGGCUGAGAGACGAGAAAUGGCCAUUGGUGUAAUGACACGCAUAGAGGACCUCAAUACUGUGUUAGGGCAGACCCAAGACCACCGUCACAGACUGUUGGUCGCUGCUGCCAAGAACAUCAAGGUCUGGUUUAUUAAGGUCCGGAAGAUCAAGGCCAUCUAUCACAUGUUAAACAUGUUUAACCUGGAUGUCACCCAGAAAUGUCUCAUUGCUGAAUGUUGGUGCCCUGUGGGCGACCUGGACCGAAUACAGCAGGCCCUACAACGGGGAAAUGAGCGUAGUGGAAGUUCAGUGCCAUCAAUUCUGAACCGUAUGUCGUCUCGUCAGGAGCCACCGACAUUUCAUCGCUUGAACAAAUUCACUGUAGUAUUCCAGAACAUUGUGGAUGCUUAUGGUGUGGCUAGCUAUAGAGAGGUUAACCCAGCCCCCUGGACGAUAAUCUCAUUCCCGUUCCUGUUUGCUAUCAUGUUUGGAGACACCGGCCAUGGACUGAUCAUGUUUCUGUUUGCACUCUUUCUUGUGUUGAAGGAGAAACAGCUGGCCGCUAAAAUGGCCGGGAGUGAGAUAAUGGGUAUGAUCUUCGGAGGCCGAUACAUCAUUUUAAUGAUGGGAGCAUUUUCCAUGUACACUGGCCUCAUCUAUAAUGACACGUUCUCCAAAUCCAUCAAGAUCUUUGAUUCUGCCUGGCGCCCAGGCCUGAAUGAGUACAACUCUUCUGCAAUGGACUUGAGCAACUACAGGAUCAAUCCUGCCUAUGCUACCAAUGGUCCUUAUCCACUUGGACUCGACCCCAUUUGGGCGAUGUCGAUCAACAAGAUCACCAUCACUAACUCCCUGAAGAUGAAGAUUUCGGUGAUAUUUGGUGUGGCUCACAUGUUGUUUGGGCUCUCCCUGAGUCUAUUGAACCACAUGCACAACAAGAAGCCGUUAAACAUCUACUUUGAGUUCAUCCCCCAGCUGAUCUUCCUGUGUGCCAUCUUUGGAUACUUGAUCCUCCUCAUCUUCGUCAAGUGGCUCAAGUUUGACCAUACCCAGACAGGACAGGCUCCAAACCUGCUUAUUGGUCUGAUCGGUAUGUUCCUGUUCCAGUAUGAGAGUCCAUGUAAACCAAGAACAUGCUGGUAUACUGGACAGCAAGGCUUCCAGACCUUCCUCGUGCUGGUGGCUGUGCUGUGUAUCCCGUGCAUGCUGGUCAUCAAGCCGUACUUGCUGAGAAAACAGAACAUACAAGGAAAGCCCCAUGAGUAUAGGUUACUAAAUGGCGAGACCACUGAUGCUCCUGAAGUGAUACAUCAUGAAGAUGAAGAGCUUAUAGGGUCAAUUGAAGAUGAUGUCGAAGAGAAGCCAUUUGACUUUGGGGAGAUUGUGAUCAACCAGACGAUCCAUACAAUCGAGUACUGCCUGGGCUGUAUCUCCCAUACUGCCUCCUACCUCCGACUGUGGGCCCUCAGUCUUGCCCAUGCCCAGCUGUCAGAGGUCCUGUGGGGAAUGGUGAUGAACGUGGCCCUGUCUAUAAAUGUUUCCUGGCUGGCCGUCAUAAUGAUCGUGGUGUGUUUCGGGUUCUGGGCGUGCUGUUCUAUCGUGAUUCUCGUCAUCAUGGAGGGCAUGUCAGCAUUCCUGCACGCCCUGCGUCUACACUGGGUUGAGUUCCAGUCCAAAUUCUACAAAGGGGAAGGCUACCAGUUUGUUCCCUUCUCGUUCGAUACAAUGUUGGCUGAAUAUGGUCUCGAGGACUAAAUAGAGAUAAAGCUUCAAGAUGGCCGACUGUGGGGUUUGUGGAAUAUAGGAAGAGAUAUUGGUGAAUACAGGAUUACCCCUACAAUAUUUUAGCACUUCUGUUAAUACACAAGAAACUGAUUGUGCAACUUUGGUUUGUUAAAGUUAUUACUAUUUACUGAAGAUUUACCAAAGACCAAAAACAUGCUGAUUUGAUGGUGUUGUAUCUGAUAAUGAAAACUAUAAUUGUGGAUGUUUUAAAAUCUCAAGGUCUUUGAUUUUUGUGUUGCCUUCAAAGCAUGGCAGACACAGGGAUUACUAUGACCGGUGUCAUCAUCCAUGUGACACUUUGGUUUCCGAUCAAUAACUUUUGAACGACUUGGUGUAGAGUCUUCAAACUUGGCAUGCACAUUGGUCAAUGAGGAGAAUACAUGUAGGUCAAAGGGCAAAGUCAUGGUGACCUUGACUAGGUGACACAUCCAAUUGUUAGGUUUUUGGUGUUUUGGUCUUUUCUGUGAGGUUUUGUUUUUGUUAUUAUAUGAAAAUGAGGAAUUUAUAAUAUACUUUGAACAUUGUUUGGCGAAAUUUUAAAUUCACAAUGCGACGGAAAUAUUAAUAUCAGCAAAAAACAAAACCCACACAGAAUUAGUGCAAUCUACUGAAUCAAAUUUGAAUGAAAUUAAAAUUAAAUAAUUAAAGGGCCUUCUAAGCUUUGGCGAGUUCACUUAUUUAAUAAGGUCUUGGGAACACAUCUAUUACCCACAAAGUUGCUAAAAUGAUAGCUCUGUUUUGAAGUGUGUUCAAUUUUCUUGAAACAAAAAAAAGCAUUUAAAUUCAACUGUAACAAAAAACACAUUAAAAUGUUGAUGAAUUCUGCUGCAAUAAGGAAAUUUGUUUAUUGCUGUUAAGCUUGAAUAGAAUACAAUUCAAUAUAUGUCUCCAGUGGUACAGUGGAUAAGAAUGCUAGGACCCAGAGGUUCAAGUUUGAAUCCAACUGCCUCUUAUAUUCUUUAUUAUCUUUCUUUCUUUAUAUUUAUUUCAAUGGUAUUACCUAUAAAUACUUUGUAAACUUUUCAGAACUUUUUAACAAUUCAUUACAACAAAUAGCUUACAAAAUUUGAGAAUAGGGAUUUUCUUUUGUCUUUUAAAAGGGGUCAGUACAAUUUCUAAUCUUGUUUCUUGCCCAGGAAAGUUUUAUAUGCUAUCCUUUAAAUCUAAAGAAGUUAAAAUUUUGAAAGAAUUACCCAUAGUGUAACUAAGUAUUUGAGCAGUUAGACUUUGAUUAUCUCCAUAAAAAUAUUGUAUUGUAGAAUUAUAGGUAUUCAAUCAUUUAAUAACAAAAAUAAAUAAGUGUUUUCAUUUCUCAGAAGAAAAAGCAUUUUUUCUUACUUUCGCAUAUUAUUUUAAUCAAAGUUACGAAUAAUCCUAAUUACUAAUAUUUAAUACUGUCAUACUGAUUGUUGCAUUUAGUAUUAGAAGUCCUCGUUACGUGUAGUUUAUAUUGUGUAGAACAUGCCAAAAAUCUGUUAUAAACUGGUAUAAUGUUGUUAGAUAUGGUUUAUAUAUUAUAUAUGAAAGGUGAAGCAAUGUUUCACUGAAUAAAACAGUGUUUGAAUCUCAAUGAAAGGUCUCCUGAAUAACUCCUUGUCUAGUUAGUUAGUUGUUGUUGUUGUACGUUUAUAUCGUGUGCAUUUAUGACAAUCUGCAUGACAUGUUAAGCAUGCAGUACAAACAAAUCUUGACUCAAUGUAUUCCAGUUUAGACACCUGGCCCUGAUUUCCUGAAAGUUCUUAAGCUUAACAGACUUGAAGCUUAUUUUGUUAAGCAAAAUUUCUUACUUUAACCUGGCAUUGAUACAUAAAUCUGAGUUUUUUGUGAUUAUCAGACAGAUAACUUCAAUUAGCUAUAAAAAAAAAACAACUUCCAAAAUAGUAAAUAUUUCACAAAUUAUAGAAGAAAAAAAUAGUGAGCUCAUCUUGAUCGUGUUAUAACAGAUUCAAGUAGUUUCCAGAAAUGGUGACUUAAGUAGUUUCCAGAAAUGGUGACUUAAGUAGUUUCCAGAAAUGGUGACUUCAGUAGUUUCCAGAAAUUGGCCCCAGGGGUCAUUUGAUCAAUAAUCCUUGAAGUGAUAUCUGUACCUAUGAUACCAUGCAUGCCUUGCACAAUUGAAGAAUUAUGUUUUUGAGAUUUGGGGCUAGAAAUUAUGUGUUCUUCUUUUGGUGCAAACUGGCAGGGAAGUACUAUUUAAUAUAAUGAGUGCUAAAUACUCGAAACAUUGAUUUUGACAUAAUUCAAGAAAUACUGAUAUUUCUACAAGAGCUUAUUUGUUUUGUGUGUUAAAGCUCAUCAUUAGUUUUAAAAUAGAUUAAAAAUAGUUUUUGAUAGUUGACUUUAGAUAUUUAUUAUUAAGAUAUUACAUGAAUCUGAACAUGUUUGAGAUAGAGGAGGUCAAGCAUCUUGAAUUAUUUAAAUAUAAACUCAACAAUGCCAAAUACUUGUUCACAAAUAGGACUUGUGCUAUGGAUAUGGGAAAAAAGUUUCCUUUUUGCAGUUCCUAUUUAGAUGUAGUUUUCAAUAAUUGAAACUUCACAUAACCAUGGUUAAGGCACCUGUUAAGCGUGCUGUAGUUAUGUUUUUGUUUGUUGUUGAAGACAUUCAUUGGUUUUGUGCAAUUUCAUGACUUAUGAUAAACUUGCUCCAUAUGUAUGUAUGUAUGUAUUAAUAAUGCAUUUUAGAGUGAUUUUAUAAAUGUUUUAAAUUUAGAUUUUUGAAAAACUUCAAUGAAAUGUAAUACAGUGGUUGUAAAUACAUGUCAGUACGUGGUUCCGGAAUUUCUCAUGUUUGGCUUUAUUUUUCUUUAUAUAUAUCAAGAUUUUCUUGUUUGACUUUUGGGUGGGUUUUAAUAAUAUUAUUUUCCCUUAUACUUUUUUUCUUGACAACCUUAGAAGUUAUAUGACUCAAAGCAUGUUACAGAUUUUUUGUUUGCUUGUGAGGAAAGUUUGGCUGAUGCUAAUGAAUUUAUCAAUGUUUGGUUGUUUUUGUCUGAAAUAUUUAAAUACUAACCACAAAACGUUUCGGAUUGUCAUCAAUUUUAACAGCUAUUUUGCACCACACAGAUACUGUUCAUGCAUUGUGAUGAUUGUUUUUGCAAGUUUUAUUGCAUUUGAAUUUUAUUUAUUACAUAAAAUGAUACAUUUCCCGUUUGAAUGGCUGUCAUAUAUCACAUAAUUCUUCAGUCUAUUUGUUUAGUCAGAUACCUGUAUGAGUUUUUGACUUUUGACUCUUGCUUUAUCUCUUACCGAUAUUGUAACAUUGUUACCUUUUUGUGAUAUUGUUGACACCUGUUGUCUUAAUAAAUAUUGUGAGAAAUGAA